AUGAGCGGUCGACGUCACGACACCACCACAUCGGAUGUGGCAUCCGACCUUGAUCUAGACAUGGACUCUUUUGAUAUUCCCGUCAUCGAAACGGAGGAGUCGCUGUUUGUUGUGAUUCCCAAAUUGUCCCAGUUCAUUAGCAUGGCUGUCGGCGAGAUGGCCUAUUCCUUUGAGCAAAUGAGAUAUGGAGCUCGAGGGCAUCGUCUCAGACAGUUGGUCCAUGCUCUUGCAAGUGAUAGCCAUAACCCGUUCAUCAUCGUCGCUUUAAUGAUACUGAAAUGGGAGUUCUCUAACGCCGCCGAGGACGACUGGGGACUGAAUGAGAGCCGUGGGGCAGCUUGCGAGUUUGUCGCCUGGCAGUUCCUAUGUCAUCUCAACCAACGGGAAACGAUUGAGUUCCUCUUGGAGGAGCUUCCAAGUCCCAGGCGCAAGUCGACGAAUAUUUUUGAGACGGAAACAGGCACCUCUCGCAUUACCAGAGGAUCCGGCACCGAGUCCACUCCCUUGCUGUCGGGUGCUUCCACACCUGGCCGCCAAUCGGAGCCGAGCAAAAAAGGAGUUGAAAACGAAAGCCGUCGAGCUUAUCUGGGCACCCAGACUGAAUUUCCAGAUGAUUGUGAUGUCUCAAGAUAUUCGAGAUUUUUUGGGUUGAACGCGUUAGAAGUUGCAGCCAUCGCGGGGGCUAAGAGAUUCCUCAGUCAGCGGGUUGUUCAACGAGUGGUCAACGACAUUUGGAAUGGCGAAAUCGUAUUUUGGGAUUCUCUCACGGUCAAUUCAAUUAAGAAACCGCAAAUCUUCAACAGGAAAACGGCAGAUCCCUACUCACGGCUGCGUGUGCCUGUCUACCGAAAGAUGUUCGAAGCGGGCUUCUUCAUUUCGUUCUUACUGCUCUACUAUUCAGUCCUCGUCGAGCGCAGACCAAAUGGCCUUGGAUUCUUUGAGGUCUUCAUGGAUGUUUGGAUCGUGGCCUUUGCAUAUGACGAACUGAGUGGGCUCAUUGAUGCCGGAAUGCUUUUCUACCAGAUGGAUUUUUGGAGCCUCUGGAAUUUAGGAAUCAUCGGUGUCGGAUUUGCUUUCAUGGUCACAAGGAGCAUCGGAUUAGCCAGGGGGGAUGACUACAUUCUCGAUAUUUCGUUCGAUAUCCUGUCCCUGGAGGCGUUGUUCCUGGUUCCUAGGAUCUGCUCGCUCGUGAGCUUGAACUCAUACUUCGGCAGUCUGAUACCCGUGCUGAAAGAGAUGACAAAAGCAUUUUUCCGAUUCUUGCCAGUCGUGAUAGUCUUGUAUAUUGGGUUCCUCACCACGUUCACUAUGCUGGCCCGUGACCGCUUGUCCCUUAAGCAAAUGUCGUGGAUGCUCGUCAAGGUGUUCUUCGGAUCGGGCUCUCUAGGCCUAGACAGCGCAUCAGAUAUCUCCCCGAUCUUCGGCUAUGGCUUGAUGAUGAUUUUCGUCGCUAUGACCAACAUUUUGCUCCUCUCUUCACUUAUUAGUUUGAUGAGCAUGAGCCUAGAAGGGGUGAUGCGACAUGCCCGCGAAGAAUACCUGUUCCAGCUGUCUAUCUAUGUCUUGGAGAGCAGUAAUUCCCGGCGACUGACGUAUUUCAUGCCGCCCCUGAAUCUCAUUCCGCUCCUUUGUAUCCGGCCCAUGCGGCUCUUCCUCUCAGCGGGGGCUGUUCGUCGAGUGCGCAUCAUGCUCCUUCGGGCAACGCAUUUGCCAUUUGUCAUGAUGAUUUGGGCCUAUGAGUCCAGCCGACGACAUCUCCAUCGGCCAACUACCCGCCUACCCCCAGUCUCCACGGCACGACCUCAUAGUACUUUGGGCGGCGAACCGAAUGUGUCGAGAUGGCAGGACCCACUUCAUUCCUCUAUCACUGAAACCCGUCGAAUGAAUCUCAAAAAUCGACGAAUCAGCGCUGACCUGCAUGAUUCGCGCGAACCAAGUCUGGCGCGGGCCGAAAAAGCACAGCUUGCGGAGAUCCUGAGCGUGGUGGAUCAGCUUCGAGAGCAGGUGGAGCGCGUAAAGACUGGACUUUCCACGAAAGAACUGGGCUAA